AUGGAAAGAACCAGCCCUGCUUGCUGGAGCCAGCCUGGUGGGACAGCACAGAACGGGACUUGGCAUCACAGGCUGCUGAGGCAUGAGGACGACGACUACAACUGGACCAACUGUGAGGCCAAUUACUUGAGCAAAGUCCCUGUCACGCUGCUCAUCUGCCUCUGCGGGCUGGUGGGGAAUGGGGCUGUCCUCUGGUUCCUUGGCUCCCGCGUCCGCAGGAACCCGAUCACUGUCUACGUCCUCAACCUGGCUGUUGCCAACUUCACCUUCCUCUUCUCCAUUGCCACUGCCCUUGUGAUAUUUUAUGGUUCAGAGAGCCUUUGUCACACGCUGGGCUCACGGGAUGUGGCAACGGUGUUGAACCUCAACAUCCUCUUCACUUUCACUACCAGCAUCUACCUUCUGACAGCCUUCAGUGCCACGGUGUUUCUGUCCAUCCUCCCCUCAUCCCGCUGUCCUGGCCACCACUCCUUGCGCUUGCCAGUGCUGGUGUGUGCCCUGCUCUGGGCCUUGUCCUUCCUGUUCACCGUGACUCUCUACUUCUGCCCUGCGGCACUCAUCGUCUUCAUCCUGAGCUGCCUCUUUUCGGUGCUCACCCUCAUUUCUUGUGGCCUAACCCUGCUUGCCAGGCUCUUGUGCUGCUCACGGCAACACCCUCCAAGGAAGCUCUGCGUUGUGGUCCUGCUAGCUGUCUUCUUCUUCCCCUUCUUCGCUGCUGAUUUUGGUUACUGGAUCUUGCUAAGAGUGUUUGAUUUUUCUGUUUUUGUCUUUGACGUCUCUCUCCCAUUUGCCUGUGCAAACAGCAGCGUCAGCCCUGUUAUUUACUUCUUGGCUGGGAGCUGUGCAAAGAAGUUCACGCUCUCCAUUAAGGUUGCUUUCCAAAUGGUUUUUGAAGACAUAACAGAGCCCCAAAAUAGAGGUGAACCUCCUAAAGAAAACACAGUGGAAACAGUUGUUUAA